AUGGCCAGCGCGACGGGGUCGGGGCUCCUACAGGUUGGCCGCCGAGCGCAGCUGCAGCUUAUCACGGAGGGACGAGCUCCACCUCCUCCUCCUAAGCGAGGCCCCGCCCCGGCCGCCCGUAAGCGAGGCGCGGCAGCGCUGCUGGUGGGGAGGGGGCGCUUCCCCGACGGCCGCCCCGGACUGGCUGGUCUAAGCGAAUCGGAGCCGGUCAAAGGAGUCGGCGCAGGGAGGGGGAGUGGCCUGGACUGGCCCCAAACCCACCGGGAAGGGCUCCAAGCGAGCCGCCGGCCUUCGCCCAGCCCCUCCCCUCGCCCGCAUGGAGGAGAGAGGGGUCUGAGGGCGGUCGCUGCUAUUUCUGCCUUCUCCCGCCCCAGGCCUGGCGGGCGGUGGCGUCUUCCUUCCACGCCUCCGGUUUUGGGGUCUUGGCCGGCAGCCUGGAGGUUUCCUGCUGGGCCUUCUCCGACUCUCUUUGCCAGGGAGGCCUGGAUCUCACUGCUCUACCUUACGGGAGGGUCCCCCAGGACGGCACAGGGCCAAGUGGACAGAGCUGGUGCGAAAGAGUGGAAGCCAAAGAGUAGGACCAGGGGUCUCUGGCCAGCACCAACACCUGUGCACCGUGUUAUUAAAAUGCAGAUGGCUCAGCAGUAUCAGAAAAUGGCCCUGAAGCCAGGGUGCAGGUCCUGGGAAAACAAGAACACAACUUCUGCUUCUUUGCAGUCCUAGGGAAAGUCCUCUUUGCUGCGCUGCCUCUGGCAGGAGUCGCCAUCGGUGAGUGGACUCCUCACCCCAUCCCUGCCUCCCCACAGCCCCUUCGGCUCAUCUGCUGCCCCUCCUGCAGGGGCUUCUUGGAAGAGCAGAGCUCCCCAAGGUGGCUGGAUAGCCUGCUGUGUGCAGCCUGAGAAGCUAUCAGUCCUAGUUUGCUGAGGAAACCAUAACAGCCCAAGCCCUGCCAGCAUUGGGCCUGGAUGCACUCGGUGAACCAGGCCUGCAAGGUGUGAUGCUCAAAAGGGCCAGCGGGGCUGCCCUUCCCAAGACACCAGUGCCAGGCAUGGCCCUGAGGAGCCCGCUUGGCCACUCAGGCAUCUGCCUCGGCUGUAGGCCCCUUUGUUCCCCCCUCCCCCCUCCCUCCCAGGCCCGUUGCUCCUGGCUGGGAGUUCAGGCACCAAGGCAGCUUUGCAGGCCAUCCUUGCUGUUGGGGCAAUGGAGACUGGGCUGGGCUUUUUCUCCCGAGCCCUCCUACCACCUAUACCUGCAGUUUACACAUCUCCCUGGGUUGGGGUGCAGAUACCGAUUAGAGCCAUGGCCAGUUUGAGAGUCUCUAUUUGGGCUGCCAAGCUGUCUCCCAAAUUUCAGGAAAGGGUCUUCAUCUUAACCCACAUGGACUCCUCUUGACACAGGGAUGUACUGAGGGCUGGGGCCAGUGGGAGGGAUCCGCAUUCUGGGCACGUCAUGCUGAAAGAAGGUCCAAGAAUCUAAGAUGCUAAUCUUUGCUCCUCCAUCCCCAGGAGCAGUCUAUCUCGGCCAGUGUCCCCGGCAGCCUCUCCUUCCCAUUUACUUGAUCGUCCUGAGUGCCGUCACACUCGUGCUCCUGUUCCUCAGCUGUAUUCCCUGUGGGGACGGCACCAACCGACCAAGCACGCUACUCAACU